UAAAACGCUGCGCUGCUGGCGGAAUCCCCGGCUUCUGGGGCGGCGAGUGGCAGGGCUCGGCGCCCAGCGUGCUGGGCGGGAAGGAAGAGUUGAGCGGCCGCUCCGGCACACGGCUCGGUCGGCGGGCCGCAGCCCCGCGGGUCGCCCGCUUGUGCCUCGCCAGCGGGCACCCUGGCCGUAGGCACUUGCGCGGCGCGCGGCGCGGAGCCGCUGGGCGGCGGCAUGAAGGUCACGUCGCUCGACGGGCGCCAGCUGCGCAAGAUGCUCCGCAAGGAGGCGGCGGCGCGCUGCGUGGUGCUCGACUGCCGGCCCUACCUGGCUUUCGCCGCCUCGAGCGUGCGCGGCUCGCUCAACGUCAACCUCAACUCGGUGGUGCUGCGGCGGGCCCGCGGCGGCGCGGUGUCGGCGCGCUACGUGCUGCCCGACGAGGCGGCGCGCGCGCGGCUGCUGCAGGAGGGCGGCGGCGGCGUGGCGGCCGUGGUCGUGCUUGACCAGGGCAGCCGCCACUGGCAGAAGCUGCGCGAAGAGAGCGCCGCUCGCGUCGUGCUCACCUCGCUGCUCGCCUGCCUGCCCGCCGGCCCGCGGGUCUACUUCCUCAAAGGGGGAUAUGAGACUUUCUACUCAGAAUAUCCUGAGUGCUGCGUGGACGUAAAACCCAUUUCCCAAGAAAAGAUUGAAACUGAGAGAGCCCUCAUCAGCCAGUGUGGGAAACCAGUGCUCAACAUCAGCUACAGACCGGUUUAUGACCAGGGCGGCCCCGUUGAAAUCCUUCCGUUCCUCUACCUUGGAAGUGCCUACCAUGCAUCCGAGUGCGAGUUCCUUGCCAACCUGCACAUCACGGCCCUGCUCAAUGUGUCCCGGCGGGCCUCCGAGGCCUGCACGACCCGCCUGCACUACAAAUGGAUCCCUGUGGAGGACAGUCACACGGCCGACAUCAGCUCCCACUUUCAAGAAGCAAUAGACUUCAUUGACUGUGUCAGGGAAAAGGGAGGCAAGGUCCUGGUCCACUGUGAGGCUGGGAUCUCCCGUUCACCCACCAUCUGCAUGGCUUACCUCAUGAAGACCAAGCAGUUCCGCCUGAAGGACGCCUUUGAUUACAUCAAGCAGAGGAGGAGUGUGAUCUCACCCAACUUUGGCUUCAUGGGCCAGCUCCUGCAGUAUGAAUCUGAGAUCCUGCCUUCCACGCCCACCCCUCAGGCUCCCUCUUGCCAAGGGGAGGCAGCUGGCUCUUCAUUCAAAGCUCAUUUGCAGACACUGAGCCCUGACGUGCAGGGUUCCUACUGCACAUUCCCUACCUCGGUGCUGGCGCCAGUGCCCACCCACUCGACAGUCUCAGAGCUCAGCAGGAGCCCCAUGGCCACAGCCACAUCCUGCUAAAACUGGGAUGGGGGAACCAGCCCAGCCCCAAGAACAACUGUGAUUUUGUUUUUUAAACUCGUGGACAUUUCAUACCUGUGCAAUACUGAAGACCUCCCUGUCCCACUGCCCCAGUGGGAUGGUAAUGGUCACCGGGCUUGCAAACAAACUUCAGACUGACCUCGGGGAUAGGUUCUCGGGACUGAAGGAAGGCCAAGCCAUUAGGAGAGCACAGCGUGUGCUGACUACUGUACUUCCAGACCCUCUGCCCUCUCAGGACUGCCCAGUCCUUGCACCUCAAAGUUCGCCUUUUCAUUUCAAGCGUAAGGCAAUAAAUACCUGCAGCAACGGGGGAGAAAGCAGUUGCUAGACUGGGAGAAAAGGCAGUUAAUGAAGCCAAUUCAUUUUGAAGGAAGCACAAUUUCCACCUUUUUUAACUUUGGCAGACUCAGCAUCUGUCUCUGUUGCUUCAGGACAUAAGCCAACCACCAUCUAGUCAGGGAAGUAACCCUGCAGGGUUUGUAGGGACAUGACCUAUGCUGAUUGGAACCCUCAGAUGUUUCUGAGACGCCGUCUUGGGGUCCAGUGGAGGCAGCUGGUUGAAGUAGCAAGACACAGACCCUUCUGGGUUUCCUUUCCCUGUGGGUUCUUCCCUGGCUGUGGACUUUGGCAUGAUUCUCAUUCAUACUUGAACCUUUCUCCUUGCACCUCUCCUCAAAGCAACUCUUGUGUCACUUGAAAAGAGUUCUUCAGACCCUAGACCAAAAAUCACCCCUUUGAGGUGGUGGCAGUGGGUGCCAGGAGAAAAGGGGUACCUGCUGUUGGGGUCAGUGGCAUUGAAACGGUCGUUUCCCCAGCUUGUUGUCCUUCUGUGUGCUUGUCUCAUCUCUUGUGACACUUGUUUUCUUCCCUGCCCCUGGGGGUUGUCUUCAAGCUGUUGACUUGUGGGAUUUUGCAAUGUGGUACUACUACUUUUUUGUCUGUAGGUUUUAUUUCUCCAGGGGAAAAGGCAAUAAUUCCCUAAAAUCCAAACAAAUGUGAAGAAAAGCAUUGUUGUUGUUGGUUGUUGUUGUUGUUUUUUAUAGUGCAAAAUAAAAAUAGUUUAAAAAAAA